AUAAUCCCGCGAGAGCGGUCACGGGUCUCGCGAGAUUACCGCAGCAGGACGGGGUUGCGCUCUGAAGCUACUUGCAGACCAGCAGCGGGUCCGAUGUAUAUCUGCCAGGAUGUUCCCGGAUGUCCUUGCCGAGUACAAGAGACGAGGCGGCUGAGAGAAGUGUCAGGAUCGCAUGGAGAAGACGAUGACGGAGAAGAUCCACAUCGGAGGAGAUGUCACCUGGAGGUCCUGGAUGUGACAGAUGGGGAGCAUUUUGUGGACAGACAUCGAGCUGAGCUGAUAAGACGGGUGAAACAGGUGGAUCCGAUCCUGGAUGAUCUCUAUCAGCAUAAGCUGCUGACAACCGAAGCCUAUGACACCGUGCGCAGCAAGGCGACCUCUCAGAGGCAGAUGCGGGAGCUCUUCCGUCACGUGGAAUCCUGGUGGAAUAAAGACAAGGAUCAGUUCCUGAAAUCUCUGAGAAAAAAUAACCAACCGCUCAUCAGGAAUCUGGAAUAGGAUUGUGAUUAGAGAGCUAGCUCCUCUGGUCAGUGCUUCAAGGCAGCGGUUAUAAUAAAGGGGUAUGUCGGCGCU